AUGACAGAAAAGUCAGUUCCCCCCCAUACAUCCUCGAUUGGUCACAUUUCAUUCAAUGCAAAGUACAUAUCAUAUGCUCAUACUUUUUUUGCAGCACUGUCGUUUCUUGCGGCAUUGGCUGUAGGGAGCUACUUGCAUUAUCACAAGAUUGUUCAAAAUGCCUCGUUCGGUUACCCUGAUGAAUGGUUCCCAAGUGUUUCAGCAACUAUUGGGGACAGAUACCCUGAGAGGUCAGUGUUUCAGAUUGUGAUUGCCAUGACUGCUGGUCCCAGAUUUUUGCUUCUUGCAUUCAACUUCUUAAGCUUGUACAAAGAACUGUCGUAUUUACCUUUUGUUGCAUUAAUCGCUGGACUUUUGAGAACAUUAACUGCAGGUGGUUGGAUGUAUAUUACAUCCACAGAUGAUCAUGAUGCCCAUGACGUGUUUAUGAUAGGCUACAUCGUCUUGACGAUACCGUGGGAUGUAUGCACUACUUUAUUGUCACCAAAGGGAUCCUUUCAAAGAAAAGCUAGAUUUUAUACGGGUGUCAGUUUCUUUGGUACGUUGCUUCCAUUGAUUUAUUGGUUUAUUCAACAUAAAGUACACAUAAGACCUGGUGCUUACUCAGUUUAUGCGUAUUUCGAAUGGUCUCUCAUUGGCUUGGACAUUCUUUUCGACGCUUGGUCUGCAUUGGACUAUAGAGAUAUCGAGGUUACAAUUUCCGGUGAAGGGUUGAAAUUAGUAUCGGGGCAAAAAAAAAAGCCCAUUCAAGAGACCCCUAUAAAAUCUGUUAAGAUAGAGAAGGUAGAUGAAUUUUCCAACUUUGAAGUGAUUGCCAAUCUUAUCAACUCGUACAUGUAUUGGACCGUCUUGACAUCUUUGUUUUUGUGUGUGUGGUAUUUCCCGCUAUGGUACAUGGGUAUAUCCGGAUAUGAAGCGGUUGUCAUAUCAAUAUUCUUGUCACCAUUAUUGUUGUUGCCACAAUGUUUGAGAGUCUACCUCGCACAAAUGCCACAGUUGACAAGAUCAUUGACUGUCGUCUGUGGUAUUGGUGCAUACAAGUUUGAAGACCCAGAACAAAAACUAUUGGCUAUAACAGCGGGAACCGUAUUUGGUAUCAUUUCAACAGUAAAUGAGUUCUGGUCAUUAUCCAAACAUCCGAAGAAAUUGAAUUCGUAUAUUGCAACUUUUAUUUUGGGACUUUUAGCAACGUCCACAUUCAAGUUUUUAUUUUAUUCAAAUAAUCCUAUAUGGCCAAUAAUGCACAAGGAGAAUGGUGGUUAUAACCCAUUGGGUAUAUUCAUUGGAUUACUUGCAGCUUUCUUUACGCCUGUAUUAAAGAGAGAGGAGAUAUCGAGUCUUACAAGUUCACAUAAGGUUGGGGGAUCUCUCUUGUUGGGUGCAAUUGGUUUUGGUGGAUAUUAUUUCACAUUACAAGCAUUAUUAUCAGAUUCAGGAACGUUGGCCCUCUGGACGUGGGAGGGCUACCCAAUAAGAGGGCCGACUCCAGUAACUGGUGCGUUCCCACACAUUCUCACAUUCGCAAUCGCUCUUCUCGUAACUUUGAAAGUACAUCCAAAUGUAUUUAGCAGUUGGGGCUACAAUAUCAUUGUUGGAGGUGGGAGUGCCAUUACAUUUUACUUUUUGAAAGAUUGGGCGGGGUUUAUCGGGACAUUGGUGUUUGUGUUUUACAUUGUUUCAAUUGGACCACUUAUGUUGCACUCAAUCACUGGCUACAAUCCAGCAGGAGUGUUUUUCCUUGGAUAUUUCUUAAAUGUUAUAAUUUCAUUAGCUAGUGUUUGGAUUGUGGCAUAUGCUUUUGUUCCUGGUGGCCCAUUACUAAGAGAAAGAACCGAUAUUGUCUUGUCAACUGCUGUUCUUCUGAUUUUUGUUGGAAUAGCCAAUUACCAGUUGAGAAAGAAGGAGGUAUCAAUAAUCAGCUUUUAUAGCAAAAGAACUUUCAAGCAAAUGUCAACAGUUGUCACUGUGCUUAUUGCAUUGUCAUUAUCCACUGCUAUCAAAAGAUGGCCCACUGGGUUGGGUAAGCCAUAUCAUCCAGAAACGGAAACCUUCACUGCUGGAAUAUGGUGUGUUCAUUUCGGUUUGGACAAUGAUAUGUGGUCAUCAGAAACAAGAAUGAGGGAUCUUAUAAAGGAUGCAGAACUAGACAUUAUCGGACUUUUGGAGACAGACACACAACGGUUGAUUGGAGGAAAUAGAGACUUUACGCAAAAGAUUGCUGAGGAUUUAGGCAUGUAUGUUGACUAUGGCCCCGGUCCAAAUAAGCAUACUUGGGGAGCAGCUUUAUUAUCGAAAUUCCCCAUAAUCCAGUCAACGCAUCAUCUUUUACCUUCUCCCGUUGGUGAAUUAGCCCCUGCCAUCCAUGCAACAUUGGACAUUUAUGGCAACUUGGUUGAUGUUGUUGUUUUCCAUUCAGGUCAAGAAGAAGACGUGGAGGAUCGUAGGCUACAGAGUUUGGGCAUUGAAGAAAUCAUGGCCAAUUCCGAAAGACCGUUGGUGUUGUUGAGUUAUUUGGUUACCGAUCCCUUAGUUGGUAAUUACAACACCUAUGUUUCUGAAAAGUCAAGGAUGCAUGAUAUUGACUCAACCGAUUGGGAUCGUUGGUGUGAAUAUAUUCUUUUCCGUGAUUUGAGGAAGAUUGCUUAUGGCAGGAUUUCGAGAUCAACAAUCACUGAUACCGAAUUACAAAUUGCCAAAUUUGGUUUUGGUGGUUUUGAAAAUCACGAUUACCAUUUUGUUGAUGAGAAUGAUGUUGAUGAAAAUUUGAGAAUGCCACAAUUGUUUAGGGGUGAUGGGGUGAGAGGACAUAGGUAUCAUGUUUUUGACGAACCAAGGUACUUUGCCCCCGGACUUUAG